UCGUUAUUUAUUAUCCAAUGAAAAUCUAGCAACAAGAAAAACUUUGACACCUUUACGAAAACUUAGCCUAUAAAACAUCGCGAACUUCUCGCUUUGGAAAGUACACUUCUUCAACUUACAAGUAUUGCUCAAAUUAUAACCAGGACUUCAUUUAACAAGAGAAAAUGAGUUCUCUACCUUUGCCAUAUAAACAAAACAUCACCCCUGGCACACGUUUCAAUAGUCUUAAAAUUGAAGGGACACCAAAGGACAAGGCUGAGUUUUUCUACGUUCACUUCAAUUGGAGGGGCACUGACGGUGACAACGAUGACAUUGCCGCAAGCUUUGAAUUCUGUUUCAAUCACAGAGGCUAUAGGAAUCAGAUUGUUUGUUACACCAGAAAUAACAACCCUUACGUGCAACCACAAAAUGUUGUAGUAUUUUCUGAUAACUUUCCCUUCAGAGCUACGAAUGCCUUUGCAAUGGAGAUUAACACAAAGAAUUGCAGAAACGCACUAAAGGUGUUCGUAAAUGAUGCCAAGAUCUUGCAGUACGAUAUUCCAGUUGACAUUUCUUCUUUUGCUUCCGUUUGGGUUGGUGGUGACCUUGAGACUCUUUCUAAGUGCGAAGUCAAAUAAAUUAAACGUACUUUUCUCUAUGGCAAUUGAACAGAUUGCUACUGAAUGAGUUGGAUAUCCCUCUCUAUAUAUAUCUAUCUAUAUAUCUAUAUCUAUAUACAUAUAUUUUACACGAUAAAUUUACGUUAAAGUAAUUGUUUAAGUUUCUGUAAUAAAUUUGUAAUAACAAUUAUAU